UACAGUAUUGUUACAAAUGUUGACAGUAUAAAAUAUCAAAGUCACUUUUGAAUUAUCAGUGUUAUCACUAUUAAUUUAUGGAUUAUUAUCAUUCAUAAUUUAUUAAUGUGUUAUCAUUCCUUGUUUAUAGAACACAGUCCAAAGUCAUAAGCAUUCGUCUACUAUCACCAGAGUAAUGAAAUACUGUCUCAAAAACAAUAUUCUCUCUUCUAGGAAGAUAACCAGCUGUAAUUAAUUCCUUGACUCUAGUAUUGAAUAUUGUUCAAGAAACUUCAAGCUGGGGUUUUACGAGGCUCGAUUGCAGGGUAUCAUUGUGGUCUCAACCAAAUAUGCAAAUGCUAUAAACUGUGUUCAGUCCCGCUAAACUCGCUCUCUUAACACUGGAUGAGUGAUUUUUUUUAGGAAAACUGAUCUAUACGGAUUGAGUGAAGAUGGAUAGACGUACAAAGGUUAUUGGCUUUUUUGUUGUGCUACUGACAAUCUCUGGACCAUCAUGCUUUGCUGAUGAUGACUUGGAGAGUGACCGGUUUGAGGAUGAUGAACUACUGUAUCGUCCCAGGGUUGGCUAUCUCGAUCAUCAUGUACAUUUAGAAAUUCCUUCAACAUCGAAAGACAAACCACCUAAACUGCGGGCUCAACUAGGGAGAGACUCAAAGUUAGGGCAGCCCUCCAGUAUAUUGUUCCAUUCACAAUCAACCGAAUUUACUUGGGACUCACAGGGCAUUCAACUUCAAAUUUCUCGCCUUCCCAACACCAACCGAUGUCACGAGAUCAAGUGGACCAGUACAAAAAAGUCACCACUGAGAGACUGCUUCGAGAUUGGAAGAGCCAGCUGGUAUGGAGGACCAGAGUAUGUCAGUCAGGCUUGGCCUGUUGAGAAACAGAGAUUUCAGAGAAAGCCCUAUGUGAGAAAUUAUGACGUUGGCAAGGCAGAGCCAUUCUGGUUCAACUCAAAAGGCAUCAGCAUCUAUGUGAAUGAGUCUACUCAACUGUUCUACACGGUUGAAGGCGGCAGUAUCUGUCUUAUUGCGGAUAAUGAGGAACCCUAUUUGCCAAGAGAUGAGAUACUAUUGCAGUACACACUGUGUAACUUUGACAAUCCACGCCAGGCAUAUGAGUACAGCGUUGACAACUUUUUUGAUCGACCAGCAGCUUUGCCAGAUCGUCGCAUGGUUGAGUUCCCAGUUUGGGCAACCAAGGUGCACUACAGUUGGAGUGACACAAAGGUCAAUCAAACAACUGUGCUGCAGUUUGCCAAAGACAUCAUGAUGCAUGGAUUCAACUAUAGCCAAAUGGAGAUAUCGGACAAUGGGGCCAGUUGCUAUGGGACUACUGUUUUCAACACAUCAUUAUUCCCUGACAUGAAGAUGCUCACUACACAGCUGAAGGGUAUGGGCUUCAGGACAACCAUGAGGACUCAUCCUUUUGUGGAUGAGGAGUGUAUGGAGUAUGGCCCUCUGAAAGACAAGGAAUUUGUGGUUAAUGAGAGGAAUGAAGUUGGCAUGCAUUGGUGGAGAGAGGAGAGAUGGCAUGAUUGGGAGAACAAGAAAGGCUUGAUUGACUUCACCAAGCACAGUGCUCAACAGUGGUUUGUAACCAAACACAGGAAAGUUUUGGAUGACUAUGGAAUUGAUGGGUUCAAGAUUGAUAAUACUCUCAACAUUGAAGAAAUUGGCUGGUUGUCAAAGGAGGCCCGUCUGAAUUGCCCAGUGGAGAAGCAGCCACACUGCUACAUCCAAUCAUAUGUCGAGACUUUGGCAGAACUUGGACCACUAACCGAGACGCGUGUCUCCUUCAGAACACAACGACAUACUAUGUUUGUGCGCAUGUUUGACAAG